CUCUAAGAAACGUAGACCUGCUCAACCUAAGCUUCAACUCCUAGGCAGAACGAUCACUCAAUCGAGGAGUUUCAAGUAUCUUGGGGUUUGGUUUGAUUCCAAGUGUACCUGGAGAGCCCACAUUGAGUAUCUGAAAGGAAAAUGCCAACAAAGAAUCAAUUUUCUCCGAUCAAUUACUGGCACCUGGUGGGGAGCCCAUCCAGAAGAUCUUAUCAAAUUGUAUCGAACAACUAUUCUAUCCGUUAUGGAAUAUGGUAGCUUCUGUUUCCAGUCAGCUGCCAAAACUCACCUCAUCAAACUAGAGCGUAUCCAAUACCGUUGUCUCCGUAUCGCUUUGGGCUGUAUGCCCUCAACACACAACAUGAGUCUUGAAGUUUUGGCAGGAAUACUCCCUUUGAAAGAUCGAUUCAAUUUACUAUCACUUCGGUUCCUCAUCAGGUGUGAGGUCAUGAACCCAUUGGUGAUUGUAAAUUUCGAAAGGUUACUUGAGCAAAAUGUUCAAACCAGAUUUAUGUCUAUAUACCAUAUCCUCAUGUCAAUGCAGGUAAACCCUUCUUCGUAUUCUCCAACUCGUGUUUGUAGCCCAGACUACGAUCAUUCUUCUGUCCAGUUUGAUUUGUCUAUGCAGCAGGAAAUUCGUGGAAUCCCGGAUCCGCAUCGUCCUCUUCUGAUUCCAAGAAUUUUCGAAGCUAAAUAUAGACACGUCGAUGCUGAUAAAAUGUACUUUACCGAUGGAUCACUUAUAGAGGAAACAACAGGAUUUGGAGUGUUCAACGAAAUAUCCAGCGCAUCUCACAGUCUCCAGUCACCAUGCUCUGUAUAUGUUGCAGAGUUAGCAGCUAUUCACUGGGCUUUGAAUAGUAUCGCCACACGACCUAUUGAACACUACUAUAUUAUAACUGAUAGUCUCAGCUCUGUUGAAGCAAUCCGCUCUAUAAAACCAGGAAAAUUCACGCCGUACUUCCUCGAAAUGAUACGAGAUAUAUUGACCACUUUAUCAAGACGUUGCUUUUCUAUCACCUUUAUCUGGGUCCCCUCACAUUGCUCAAUAGCAGGCAAUGAGAGGGCAGAUUCCCUUGCAAAAGUGGGUGCGAUGGAAGGCAACAUUUACCAGCGUGAAAUCGUAUUCAACGAAUUUUACUUCUUGGCUCGAAGAAACUCUCUUGUCAACUGGCAGCGUAGAUGGGACGAGGAUGAGUUGGGUCGGUGGUUCCACUCGAUUAUCCCAAAGCAAUUUAUGCGGAUGUGGUCUAGGUUACCAUGACAUCGAGCAUAUUGUUUGGUCGUGUGAGGACCACCUAUUCGCCAGAGCGAACUUUAUAGAUUCCCUUCGGGCCCGAGGAAAACCACCCGACGUUCCAGUGAGGGAUGUAUUAGGUAUGAUGGACUUGGACUAUAUGUUCGAGAUAUACCUUUUCCUAAAAGCUAUCGAUCUUCGACUAUAAUUCUCUUUAUUUUCAUAUUUCCCUUUCUAUCUUUCUUUUUCUUCAAAAAAAAAAAGUGAACUAGAUCUAAGUACACAAUUGUAAUCAAACAAAACGAGUUUGGCUCCUUA